AUGGCUCAUACAUUUCAACCCCCGUCGACCACUCCAGCGGAUGUUUCUACACCCCAAGGUUUGAGGAAUCAUAUUCGAACCGUUUUUGCAGACUGGCCACGGUUAGCUCAUGAGCUUUUACACAAUUUCGACGCAGAAUUACAAAAUGAGGUAGCAGCUCGACAUGCACUAGAGAUUCAAUCACGAGAACAAGUACAGAUGAUUGCAAAUCAGCAGCUUCAGCUUUCCCAAGUACCUGAUAUAACAACAAAAUCGAAACACCCUUACCAACCACGCCAAACUUUUAAAAAUCCAAAACCAUUCAAGGCUGAAACUGUAAGCGCUCUCACACGAAAGGACGAGUAUUGUGCCUGGAAGCAAGACUUACAGUUUUGCUGGGCUAUUGACUCGACAGCUCUCGAUACCGAGAGGAAGAAGCUUUUUCACAUGGUCUCUUUGCUCAAAGGCAAAGCACGCCAAAAACAACGCAAGGAUAUUGAUGAUAUUAUUCAAGAUAAAUCAGCAUACACAACCACCGAAUUGUUCUUCGAGAAGCUCGACAGUUUCCAUAUUUCAGUCGAAAGUGAACGCGAGGCAGCACUUCAAUUCGACAAACUCAAGAUGCAAGGGAAACAGGGUUUUUUGGCGUUCUAUGCACAAUUGGAAUACCUCGGUAAUGCUUGCUACAAAUCACCCCAAGGAAUGGUAUUAGCGAUGAAACAAAAAGUCACGGAGGAGUUGCGGCUCAUGUUUUUGAGGGAUGGCAAUCCAUGUGCUAACGACGAUCUCGAUGGUUGGAAAAGGAAAUUUCAAGUUUGGUAUCAAAAUUGUCGGGAGUAUGAAUACUACAAUGGCGCACCUACUAAAGUGAUUUAUCCUCGCCCAUUCGUUGCUUCCACAUCUACUCAACCCACCCCCAAUGACUCCACGAAGCUGGAUACAUUCCGUACACAGAACAGGAAACAGCAACGACAAAGAGAACUUCGUUUGGGUCUUUGCCAUUACUGCAAGAAAUCUGGCCAUUCAGUUUGGGAAUGCGAGGCAAAAAAAGCAGGCUGA